UUGCUUUCUCCUCUUUCCACUUUCUGUUUCCCAAUUUUACUUCGGCAACACGGAUUCCAAAUUUUAAUUUUAACAUUCCUUAAUUAUAAAUACAUCUAAUUCUUCACCUUCUUUUCUUCAUACUCAAGUUUUAACAUCAACUAAGCAAUUACAAAGAAGACGCAUGAAGAUGAUAAUGUCAAUUUUCAGUUCCUUUGAUGCUCUCACCGCUGAGAUCUUUGGACUAAAGGUGACCCCUUCUUGGGCACCGGCCACUUCUGACAACAAACAACAAGGUCUACUAUCCCAUCGCAAGACCGCCGCUUCUCCGACGUCUAAUUCCUCAACCGGUGAACUCAACAAGGCCGGAGAGGCGGCAUCGGCGCAGCAAAGGAGGCCGAGGUUUGCACCGGAAUUGGAUGGGCUCCACUGUUUCGAAACAAUUCUUCCCUAUUGAUUUCUACAUUAAGUCUAAAAGAUUGUACUUGUCUGAUUGUAACUAACUGGCCAUGGCCAUGGCCAUGUAACCGUAAAUCACGGAGGUUGAUACAAUAUAGUGUAGUAUUAAAUCUGAUGAUUCAUUUCUCAACUUCAAUUCAUAUUUUUCUCUGUUUUUUUAAUCAGUUCUCCAAUCAAUUAUUGAUCUUCCCCAAGAGUAGAAACAAAGAAAACAACAGAGGUUGAACCAAAAGGGGAAUAUGUUGUAUAUUUCGUCUACUGCACGUUUGUGUAAUUCCACUGUUCUCCAGUUGAACGUACGAUCGAUGUGAUAAGUAAUGUUUUACUUUUCUCGUCUGUCAAGGCAAUUAAUAUCCCUUAGCUUUCUA